AUGUCUUACGUCACUAUCCAAAACGUUCUCUCCGCAUCCGGCGUUUUCUGGAGCACUUUCUUGAUCUACCUGGCACUGACUAAAAGCCCCAGUGUGAUGCGACCCUGUGUGAUUAUCAUCGUUAUAAAGUCAACGACAGAUUUGAUGGCUUCUAUCUUGAACUUUUUGCUCAAGGAGAGAAUCAUCAGCAACGGAGCAAUUAUCUUCGUAAUCUCAGAGGGUCCCUGUAGUUUGGAAUCCCAUCAGUUCUGCUUUUCAAGCCACGUAAUCUUUUUGAGUCUUCUCCAACAAAAUCUUGUCUGGAUGAUUUGCUCGUACGUAUUCCGCUACUACAUUUUGAAGUACAAGGAUCCAAGUCUCAUCGCCUUCCUGUUCACCGCAAUCGUCACAUACUUCCCAUUGUUCAUCAACUCCUCAUUUUGGAUCAAUACCUUCAACAUUUGGGCCGCCAACUCGGAUCAACACGGACCUCGACUAUUUUCAAAGCCUGGUGAUCUGGUGAUGGCCGGUUGGGUGGUUGAUCAGUUCAACAUGAUGUCACUGGCUUUUCUGAUGGUUACUUCUGUGGUCACGUUUUGCGGAUCCCUUUGGAUUCGACACUUUCUAGUGAGGUUCUUGAAGGAGAAGACUGCAAGGUUGUCAAAAACUACGAUCCUGUUAAAUAUGCAGUUGGUUAAGGCCCUCCAUCUCCAAUCCGCUAUCCCAAUUCUCACUUUCCUGGCCGUACUCAACUUGAUCUUCAUGCACUACUCUUUGAUUGGGCCGAUUCGACUUCAAGCAAUUUCAUCAGCCAUCUUUGCAGCAACUCUUAGCAUCUUUCCAAUCAGCUACAUUUUAUUUCUACCUCCGUUUUUCAAGUUCUGUAUUGCCAAUCCCGGAAGAAUGGCGGUAAGGAAGAUCAAGGGGAAGAUGAACUCGGAAGUGACUGCAGUGACGUCAUACUCAAUUCACAAUUGA